AUGGCUCUGGUGGUCUCAUUUCCUGUCAGGAUUCCAGAUAUGGCCUGGCUCCUGCUUCUGCUACUGCCCGCAGCCUGCCUGCAAGCUGGGAACCCAGCAGGAUCCAACAGAGUAAAUGCCUUUGGAGUCAACCAACCAGCACACCUCUCUGGUGUCCAGGGCGGCUCCAUCGAGAUCCCCUUCUCCUUCUACUUCCCCUGGGAGUUGGCAAAGGAUCCACAGAUGUGGAUUCUCUGGAGAUGGAAGAACUUCCAUGGGGAAUUUAUCUACGACUCCUCCUCGGGUUUCAUACAUGAGCAUUUCAAGGACCGCUUCAUCCUGAACUGGACACAGCCUCAGACAACCGGAGUCCUCACAAUCCUGGACUUGAAGGAGAAGGAUCAGACAGUGUACUUCGGCCGAGUUUAUCUGAAAACGACAAACAGCAUGGAGUUUUUUCAGUCAAUCAAAGGGACCUACCUCACCAUCACCCGUGCGAGCUGCACUCCCAGGACCACCUCUCCAAGUCCCACUACUGCAACGUCUGAAGGCCAGAUGAGCGGGAAUCAGACCGUGGAUCUGGGAACCAGAGUUGGGUUGGCGGUGGCUGCUGCUGUACUCCUGGCUGGGAUUUUGGGAUUGAUGGUGUUCCUCAGGUGGAAGAGGAGGAAAGGCCAGAGGACUAAAGCCGAAACCACAGCCAGGGAACUCAUUGAAAACACUGAGAAAUGUGAGAACAUUGAGCCUGAAGGACGACAUAUGGACCCCAAAGAGAACCCCAAGGACAACAACAUCGUGUAUGCCUCCAUUACCCUCUCAAGCCCAACCUCCCCAGGAACACCAGGCUGCCCGCCUGUCCAUGAGAACCCCCAGGAAGAGACUGUAUACUCCAUCGUAAAGACCAAAUGAGCGGGUCUGGGUGACCAUCUCAGAGUCACCUUUGCUUCUAGUAGGAAGACUCCCAGCUUCCACUGAUACCCACAGAGUCAGAUGCUCACAGGUCACAGAUACCCAUGGCCAGGACAGAAAUUCACACGU